AUGACUGCACUAGCUGGUGAGGUGGAAGCUGCGCGCGCGACAAUCAUGAGGGAAGCGAAAGAGGCCAGAGAGAGAAAGAAGAGGAAACGGGAAGGAGACGAGGGGCUCGUCAGUGGGAGGCGGAAAACAGCUACUUCAGGACCCAGAUACAGCGGUGACAGUGGUGCCAGCGAAGACCCGGUCAGUCCCAAGACGGUGAAACCCGGAGAUCGAUCCGGAUCGCAGCCGUCUAUCGAGGAGCAUAUGCUCGGCUUCGACAGCCCACACAUCGCGACACCAACAGCAGAGCUGAGCUUGAGAGAAGCAGAGCUGAGCUCCAGCAUACCGUCUAUCAGCGACCUUGUCGCCGCAUCUUCAGGCCCGCCCCUCAAGGGGUUGAAGGUCGUCGUGAUUCACGUCAAGGACAAGCUCAUCGAUGGCUUGCAGGCCGGUGACAAGAUCCUCGAGGAACUCAAGGAGCACGAUGAGGAAGCGCAGCUAGGGUGCGAGUGGAUCAUCUCUUACCCCGGACAAAGUCUCUACUUUUGA